AUCAUUUCAAGAAAUACAGUCGAUCUACAACAAGUGACUGUCAUAAAGACGAAGUAGUGGUGUUGUUGUCUAUCGUAGUUACCUUGUUUUCCUCCUACCCGACUGUCGAUAUGAGUCGUGCCCACAUGCUUUACGAUGACAAACCCCUGGAAAGCGGGUCGACUGCGCAGCACCACUGGCAAGGCACGUUCACUGAAGAAACUGCGUCCAAAAACGACCCCUCUGACCAGGCACCGCAUGGUGUCAUCUUAGAAGCAGCCUAUCAAGCGCACGAGAAGCACUACUUCGACGAUGCUAAGAAGCAGCGAUAUCGAUACUGGGCCGUGCAUCUCGAGUUCAAGUCUGCUGCACGCCGUACAUACGACAAAUUCAACCAAGAAGUUGAACCCAAUCUGGGCAAGACCAAGCUUCAAAACAGUGGAUUUCUGAACUCGUCCUAUAAAAAGGUGGCUGACGGGAGUCCCGACACCUUAUCCUAUUCUCAGGUGUGUCAACUGAUCGCGAGCAAAACUGACCUGGACUCCUGGUCACGGCCACGCCAAGCCAACUGCUUUGUGCUGUACCUGGCCGAGGACUCGAUCAAGGACACUGCUCUGGAGGCAGGCCAGUGUCUGAGGAUCCGCACGAAAGCCAACGGUCCUUUCAUCGAGUCGUUCGCCUUGCUUGACACGGUGGAGAAACGCGCCAUCACCAACUAUUCGGGUGGAGCAGCCACUGGGAAGUCCUGGACGGACAAUCUAAUGGCAGCCAAGCAGUCCAAGGCCGCCGACCAGCUGCCAUCCGAAUCCAACGAAGGUGUUAACGAUGAUGAAUGGGACUAGGGCGUUGCAUGUUCUGUUUCCAGGCACAUACAUGACAGUAUGCCGCAACGCAAACAGCCGUGCCGAGUCUAGGGAAAUGAGAAAUGGCUCAAGUCCUUCUCAAAACAGUCCGAACAAGCACCAGCAUUUGUGUGCACUGUUUCCGAUUCGUUCUCAUCGCCACGUUGUGUACAGUAUGCGGGCCAAUCACAUGUGCUAGGUCAUUUCCCGUCGGACCCAUGAUGUGCUUUAGUAGCGAGUGGUCACUUAACAGACACAGCAGCAGGACGGCAGCACUCCGCGUUUCUUGAUCAUCGGAUAGAUUGCUGGCACAGGACUCCCUAUCUACCGGCCGUGACCUCUCACGUCUUGCGUACGCAAUAGAGUAGAGCCUAACCACCACUGAGUAGCCGCUAUACAUGCGAACACUGUUAGUUGUCACUUCAUUCCCAGUAGAAAUACCAAACUAGGGUGCAUUUUUUUGUCAGUUUUAUUAUGAGGCAGUGCAGUAGCGAAAUCUUUCAAAAGACACUUCUGAUGCUGUUUACGAUAUCCGGUGAUAUUCAACUAUUUGGAAUUUUAUAGCUGCCCUACACUUUGUACAUUUUUUUGUAAUUUUUACAGAUGCAGAAAAAUUAGUCCGUUUCUCUCCCUAAUCAUGAAUUGUAGGGUUUAGAGAAUAACUUUUGUGGCAUAGGACAUUUAUUUUUGCUCAAUAGACACCCUUAGCAAAAAACGUUACAUUGUAACGGUAUUAUCGUAAGGGGGAAAAUACCGUGAUUUGGGUUCGACCUUUAGCAAGAUGCACACUAUUUUUAGUACGCUGUUGCCACGAGAAUAGCUUUGAUUUCACCCGGUACAACCAUUUUUGUCACCAUAUACGCGAUACAAGGUGAAAUGCGUACAAACUAUGCAAUAUUUGGCCAAAACACGUACCGUUGGUCACAACGAUAAAUCAGCCCCCAUAACGUUUAUACGCUGCAGCUUCAACGCUAUUUGGGUGAUCAAGGUACGAGUACCGUAAAAAAAAUAGCGUUACCGUUGUUUGCUAAGGGUGUCUAGUGUGUGCAUUUACCUCCACUAUAAUUUUUUCAGUACUGCAAUUAGACUUCACUAACUUUACCUGGUACAGGUAGUGCAUGUAUUUUGAAGAGGUGGUUGGAUGUAUUGUGCAAUGAAUUCAAAGCUAAGCCGGGAAUUUCUCGGACUUCAGGUUCUA